AUGCCUGUGGGAGACAGAUUUUCACACAUAGUUCCGCAAUUUUCUGUAAAUCCUACUUUAUAUAAUCCCCCUUCAGGGGAUUCAUUGCUUCCUCGGGCCCAUCCUGCUUUUCCGAAACCUCGGGUUCCAGCCAGUUAUGGCGACUUUUUCAGAACCUUAAGUGCUCCUUACAGCAUGUGGUGGAUGAAGUAUGCCCCAACUAUGACAGCCAAUUACAAUCUGAAUCAUCUAUCUCGAAAUCCAUUCGACAUGGCCUCACAAGUUGCACAGCCAUGGCCAGCAAAUAUAAAGCGCAUGCGUGAACCAACUACAUCCAGUGACGAAUCAGAAUACAAGUACAAUGGUUUUAAAAUGCCGGAUCAAUGGAAUGGUUUCACUUUCAUGCAACCCACAAGAACAUUGUAUACGGAAUCUGGAACGACCGAAAAAGAAGAAGUUGGCGGAAGCGGAAGUCCGAGAAGCCAGAAGUAUGCUGGAAAUGAAACGGCAGUUGAUGCUUGUGACUAUUCGAACAAUAUUCGUGAUUCGCCUGAUGUAGAGAAUGUAGCGUCUCCUAACCUCAGUGAUGCAUCCUCAAAUGAUGGGGUUCAGGACCAUGUGGGACCUCGAGAAAAGUAUGCACGUCGAGAACAUGAUGCAGCCGACGUGUCCUCUACGUCUUCAUAUGGUCCGCCUUCUCCGUCGAUUCAAGCAGUCGAAACCUGCAAACAAAUAUUAACAGACGACCAACAGACGAUGGUAGAUGACAAAGAAAUGGGAAAGCAAUGUCAGUCAAGUCGGUUGCUGUCAGAUGAACAGCCUCUUUCGGAUGGAGAAUUAGAAAGUAUUGCAACUGAUAACAUGGACUUGGAACAUAUUUCUGUCGAAAAGUUGCGUAAUCUUCUGACGAAAGCGAAAAAACUUAAGAAGAAAGCUGCCCAAAACCGGAAAAGACUUCGAUGUACAUUUGAAGAAUAUUACUCAAAAGAAGAAGAAAUAAUAAAAGAUAAGCGUCCAAAGCCAGUGAACACCAAAGAGAGUCGGGAUCCAGUAAAUGCUUUGUGCAGCAAGAUGGCAGUUGGUGAACGGUGUCCUAAAAUGUCUGCCGCAGAAAUGGCCGGAGCUAUAGUGAACGCGAACAGAACUUGA